AUGGAUACUGAGGAGGAUUUGGAUGAGGAGGAACUCCUUAACUAUGCCAUCCAGAUGAGCAUUCAAGAAUCUUGUCAAAAAGCAGUUUCCUUAGGAAGUGGUACACAACUGUAUCCUUUGUGUCUUUCAAAUUGCAGCGAAGAGCAUGCAAAAAUCCUGAGUGCCAUCGAACGAGGUGACCUGUUUGCCCUAGAGAAGCUAACUGAUUGCCCAGCAGCCUUUACUGACGUAGAUGACAAGGGAUGGUACCCCAUGCACAGGGCAGCUGUCCAAUCAUCCACACAGGUCCUGGAAAUGGUACUUUUUGCCUCUUACAGAUUGACUCUGGAGGAGGAGACGGCAGAUGGAGAAACUCCCCUUACCCUGGCAACUCAGGCAGGACUUGUGGAAAAUGUUCGGACGCUGUUGGAGCACGGAGCGUCUCCUAACAGAACGAACAGGAAAAAUGAAUCUCCAUUGCUAAUAGCAGUGAGAUCAGACUCGUUUGAAAUAGCCUCCACUCUACUCUCAAGAGGUGCAAAAGUGGACCAGGUGUGCUUGAAGAAGUGGACUGCCAUGCAUGAGGCUGCCAGGGUGGGCUGCUUAGAUAUCCUUAAACUCCUACUGCAGUAUGGGGGCCAGAUCUCAGAGGCAGACCAGCAUGGGGUCACCCCGAUGGGUAUUGCUGCAGAGUAUGCACAGCCUGAGGUUCUGGACAUCCUCAUUCACCACGGUGGAGAUGUAAAUGCACAGGCACCAAAUGGAGACACUGUGCUUUAUGAUGCCGCCGGUUCUGGCAAUCCGGACUGUAUCGACCUUCUGCUUCAAAAUGGAGCCAGUCCAAACAUUGCUAAUCUCUCAUCACAGCUCCCCAUCCAUCGGGCAGCUUUUGAGGGGCAUUACCUAGCACUGAGGAUGCUGAUCCCCAUUACAACUAGAAGAGCUCUCAGGCUGUGUGGGCAGAGUCCCAUUCACUCUGCUGCAGAUGGAGGCCACAUACAAUGUCUGGAGCUCCUGGUGGAGAAAGGCUUUGACGUCAAUGCUCUUCUAGACCAACACAUCUCCGAGAACUAUGGAGAUCUAAGGAGAACUGCGCUUUACUUUGCCGUCUCCAACGGCGAUGUAACAUGCACAGAAAUGCUGCUGAAUGCCGGUGCUAAAACUGAGCUGGAUCCCCUGCGCUGCCUCCUGGUGGCUGUGAGAGCUGGGAGGUAUGAGAUAGUGAAGCUGCUCCUGGCUAAGCAGGCAGAUGUGAACUGUUACUUCACGGUGGUCACAGAUACGCUGUUCCCCACGGCACUGCAGUACUGCCUGAGGGACGAGAUGAUGAUGCGUUUGCUGCUGAAUGGUGGUUAUGAUGCUGAAAAAUGUUUCUGUUGUCAUCAUGACACGAUGUGGGAUGACCCUAGCCGUCAACCCAACCAUCCAAGUGAAAAGAUUCCGUUUUGUGAUUUUGUCAAUGUGUCCUGGUUGGUGCACUUAGCGGGAAGAGCUGUGCGAGUCCUCCUUGAUUACGUCAGUCAUGUUCCCAUCUGCUCCAAACUGAGAUCAGUCCUGGAGAAACACACAGAGUGUGCUGAAAUACAGCACAUUUUAGUGAACCCCCGGCCACUGAAACAUCUGUGCAGACUGGUGAUUAGGAAAGCGAUGUCCCCAAAGAGACUGAAUGAUCCCGACGUCAUGGAAUCUGCUCCUUUCCCACCAAGACUGAAAGACUACCUUAUGUACAAGGACUAUGAUCUGUAUGGGAAAAUGAUAUCCUAG